GGUUGGGAUGAGUACGGAGUAGUGGCCAUUGGUUGGGAUGAGUACGGAGUAGUGGUCAUUGGUUGGGAUGAGUACGGAGUAGUGGCCAUUGGUUGGGAUGAGUACGGAGUAGUGGCCAUUGGUUGGGAUGAGUACGGAGUAGUGGCCAUUGGUUGGGAUGAGUACGAGAGUAGUGGCCAUUGGUUGGGAUGAGUACGGAGUAGUGGCCAUUGGUUGGGAUGAUACGGAGUAGUGGCCAUUGGUAUGAGUACGACUAGUUGACUAUUGGUUUUGGCAGUUAGUAGAUCAUUAGUGAGGUUUAGUAGGGCAGUUUCAGUGG